CUGGAGGGAGGUGCUCAGAUGGGAACGGGGAGGAAGAGAGAGAGGGAGCACACACGCAUACACACACACACACACAACAUGAGAGACAGUCUGAUGAUCAGAGCUGGGAUGGGGGGCUCUGCUCUGUAGGCCGCUCUGCUUCUGGAGGGAGACGGAGAGGCUGGACACAGGAAUUCCAGGUCACAAGGGUUCCUGUGGCACGGCACAGUCUCGGCCGAGUUGGGCUGGGCUGCUAUUACUAAACUCUCCCUCUCACGGUCAUGAGUGUGACAGGGUGAGAGAAGGACGACGGCUGGAAUACACACAAUCCAGAAGAGGAGAAGACCGAGAGGGAAACCAGGAGGCAGGUGUUUCACUCCAGGGGUUGACCUCUGGCUUGACCCCCCCUUCUCUCAUUAUGAUGGGAUCCUCUGAGGAGUUGGCCUGUUUGUUGCUGCUGGUUUCGACACUGGCCAAGAACCACUUGGUGUCCGGCGGUUGUUCGGGCAAAUGCUGCCGGGGCAGAGACUUGAGCUGUUCCACCACCGACUGGAGGAUGGACCGUGUGUAUGGGGAGUGCUACUGCGACGAGGGCUGCGUCAGGACCAGGGACUGCUGCUUCGACUACUUCACCGAGUGUCCAGCUCAGGACUGCACCGUGAGCGACUGGAGCUUCUGGAGCGGCUGUGCCAAGCCCUGCCUGCCGUCGGUGCGAGUCCGCGUCCGCCAGGUAGAGCGGCGGCCCAGUAACAGUGGAGAGGCCUGUCCCAGUCUGGAGCAACGGGCCGGCUGCAGGGAGUACAGGGAUCACCAGGGCAACCAAUGUGGACUCAACUCAGGUCCUGCACUCAUCACCAGCAUGGAGUUUGGCAAGGGAAGGCCUAAGCAUGACAGCUAUGGAAACCCCCUGGACCCUGGGUUCUGUGUGGAAUUCACACUGGAGUCGCGGACGCCCCACUGCACCGUGGAGAACCGGCCACACACACACUGGAUGCGCUACAUAACGGAGGGCUUCAGAGUGUGUGUGGCAUGUGAACCUCCUGCCAUGAAAAACAAUAGCGGCAGCUGCCAAGGAGACGGUCAGGAGUCAGACAAAGAAGCUUCGCUCCGCUGGCAGGCGGUGGGGAACCCUCAGUGCCGCGGGACAUGGAAAAGGGUCCAGAGAACCCACCAGUGUCACUGUCCACCGCAGCACAGCUUUGUCUUCAUCUGAUCCGAACCAGAGAGCAGGAAGCAGAGCUCAGAUCUGAUCCCUCAUCAGUGGAACUUAGAUAUCGCUGAGAUCUGAGGUGUUGACGCUGCAGGCUUCUCGUACUAAGAGACUUUAUGCAUGUGAUGGUGGCGCAGUGCAACUAGAAGUAUGUUAAUAUACUUCACAUAACCCACAUGAUAUAAAAGCAUUUUCAAAUCACCAUGCACAUUUCCAUUGUUCUGUUUAAUGUAGCAUACUGUGUAAAGAAGCACCGUUUCCAACACGCAUUAAAAACCUGUCUGUUGUUUUUUGUACAUUUUUAUUGUAACCAGCUACUAUUUUGUUUUUGUAACAAUUUUCUGUCAAAGAUAUUUAACUUUGAUUUGUAAAAUUAAAAAAAUAUUUUACAUUUGUGACUAUCAUACAUUUAUUAAAAAUAGAAAAGACACUACGGCUUAUGGUCUCUUGACAUGAGUAAAUUAAACAAACAGAAAAUAAAAUUAAGAAAUGUCAUUAAGUCUAUAAGAAAUGCUUAAAGAGAAAAUGCUACAAUUCAGAGUAAAACGUUUACAAAUUUGAUGUCCAAGCAUGAAUUGUCAUAGAAAGCAAUGCAAGUAGUCACUUUUCUGUGUUGACUGCCCUCUGGUGGUUUAUCUUUUUUAGUACAAAUAGCAAAGUAUUACAAGCCAAUAACACAAAAGGAACAUUUUCAAAUAUUAGGGGAAGUAGACCAGAUAGGUCACUGAAUAUAUUUACAAGUUAAAGACAGAGGUGUGGGCUCACACUUCGUCUGCCUUCACUAGAAUUCUCCACCGGUCUUUGAGCAUCACUCCUGUGCGUCCAUUAAAGUCGUAAGCCAUUAAUAUGCGAGACCACUUCCCGGGGCCGUGACGUUUGACGCCAUCCUUGAGGUAUUUGUCC